GAAUAUGAAGAACUUCGAGCAGAAAACAAGAAAACGAAAGAAGAGUGUGACAAAAUCAAGCAAGAACGAGAUGAAGCUGUCAAGAAACUGGAAGAGUUUCAGAAAAUUUCUCACAUGGUUAUUGAGGAAGUGAACUGUAUUCAGAACCAUCUUGAAAUUGAGAAGACGUGCCGUGAAAGUGCUGAGGCUUUGGCUUCUAAGCUGAACAAAGAAAAUAAGACCUUGAAAAGAAUUAGCAUGCUUUAUAUGGCAAAGCUGGGCCCAGAAAUUAUCACUGAAGAGAUCAACAUAGAUGAGGACGAUUCAUCCACAGAUACAGAAGCAAACUCUGGAUCAUGCAAUUCUGUACACUGUCAGCAGCAAAUAAAAGAGCUGCGAGAUCAAAUUGUAUCUGUUCAUGAGGAAAAGAAGACCUUAGCCAUUGAACUGGAAAACCUGAAGUGCAAACUUGUAGAAGUAAUUGAAGAAGUGAAUAAAGUGAAAGAAGAAAAGGCAGUUUUGACAGCAGAAGUUAAUAAGCAGCAGCAACUGUUGGAGAAAUGUAACAGAGUGUCUGUGCUGGCAGUAGAGGAAUAUGAAGAGCUUCAUGUAAACUUUGAACUGGAAAAGAACUUGCGGAAGAAAGCAGAGUCAUUUGCACAAGAGAUGUUUAUUGAACAAAACAAGAUGAAAAGGCAAAGUCAGUUGCUUCUGCAGAAUUCUUCUCCUGAUCAACAGCUUUUGAAGGCUUUGGAUGACAAUGCUAAGCUGACACACACAUUAGAGGAAGAGAGGCUUCAACACCAACAAAAGAUCAAAGAGUUGGAAGAGCAGCUAGAGAAUCAAGCACUGCAUAAGGAGAUUAGUCGUCUUAAACAGCAGCUAGAACUUUUGGAAGAAGAUAAAAAAGAACUAGAGCUUAAGUGUCAGAACUCAGAAGAAAAAGCUAGAGACCUAAAGCAUUCAGUUGAUGAACUUCAGAAACGAAUACAGCAGUCUGAAAAUCCUGCACCACCUCCUCCACCACCACCUCCUCCUCCUCUUCCUCCUCCCCCUCCUCCUAACCCUAUACGGUCUCUCAUGUCCAUGAUUCGCAAAAGAUCUCACUCCAACACCAACGUGAGCAAGAAGGAGAAACCUCCUCAGCAGGAGUCAGGUGAAGUUACAGAUCUGAAGAGACAAGCUGUUGAAGAAAUGAUGGACAGAAUUAAAAAGGGAGUUCAUCUGAGACCAGUCAACCAGUCAAGCAGGCCUAAAGCAAAGCCAGAAACAUUAAAGCCCUCUGAAAGUGCAAUGAAAGAAUUAAAAGGCAUUCUGGAGACACUGAAUAAAUCCAGUAGUUCCCGAAGCUUGAAGUCCCUUGAAACAGAGAGCAGUGAAACGGAGCUGGAACGGGUUCUGCGGCGCCGGAAAGUAACCACCGACCAGGACAGUGGCAGUCCCACUGGAAUCUUGGCCACUUCAGAAUCAAAAUCUCUGCCUGUGCUGGGCUCGGGAGCCAGUGCAGCACAAACAGUGCUGAACAAGAAAGACCUGGAGACAGAAUUCAGUUCCAAAGUACCGGACUCAGGUCCUGUCUCUGACCAGCUUAAGGGUGUCACAGGCUCCAAGCCUACAUUACA